CGAGUUUAAGAUGGAGUCCUGUUGUAGUUAAUAUGCCAAAUCAAACAUAACCACGUGUGCAUCUCAUGUUAUUUUUGGCUAAAUUGGUCAAAAUACCGUAUUUCAUUUUGGUUUAAAAAAAAAAUAAAAUAAAAAAUAAUUGUCAAAAGUAUUCAUUUUAAGUACUUUUUGUUCUCAAAGAUAAUGCUUGUUAACCAAACUAAUCGUAAAAUUUGUUUUCAAAAUGUUUUAAAUAUAUAUUUAAAAUUUAGAAAACUGGAUUAAAAAGCAAAUGCUGUUAAUUUUGCAUGAAGAGAUCGCUGCUACUUUAAACCCAGACGCAAUGCACUCUCAUUCUUCUAUACGCCCUUCCACAACGACGAGUCCAACGUUUCAUCACUCAAAACCCUAGAAUCCGCAAUUGGGUUGGCAAUUGAGAGCACUAAAAGUUUCUGAAAUUUCAGAUUUCUGAUUGAUUUGGGGGUGGUUUGGCAUUUGGAGAAGAAAUGUUGUUCCUGUGAAGUGGAGGGUUAAUUCUGAAGGGAAAGGCAAUGAAAGGCAAAAUAGUGGCUUUGAGGUAGAAUGACUGGAGGGUCAUUGGGUUUACGUACAGGGAGUUAUGGAUCACUGCAACAACUCAAUGGUGUAUUGCGGACUCAGAAUUCUUUCACCCUGCGCAAGUCUCCGAAGAUGUGCCUUUUCGGUUCAAGAGUGAAGGAAAGAUUUCUCGCCUUUACUUACAGAUAUUUAGGUAAAAGGAAAGUUGGAAUGCUGGUUUUGGUUGUCUUUGCUCUUUUGGCUUUUAUGACAGGCUUCUUCUUUCUUAAAGAAGAAGAAUCAGAAAGCACUAGUUCAAACAUCGCUCAGAAUAUUCAAAACACUAGUCCUUUCCUCAGAACUGAAGGUGCAAAGGACAAUAAUUCUUCUCUUCUGAAUCACAUGAAAGUUUGUGCUGAAAAUAAGGGCCAUCCCUCUUCACCAACUACUCCGUAUGUUUCUGCUGCUGCGGUUGUUAUAGGGUCUUCCAUUCCUCUGGGCGAUCAAUGCAAAAAUUUUGCGUUUCCCCCUCCUCCCCCUGGUCCUAGUAGAAGGAUUGGACCACGCCCUUGUCCGGUAUGCUACCUUCCAAUUGAGCAGGCUAUAUCUAGCAUGCCGAGCUCCCAAUCAGUUUCACCCGUGCUUCGUCAUUUAACUUAUUUCCUUGAGGAAAAUCCUACUAAAACUGAAUCACAUGGAGGCUCUGACUUUGGUGGGUAUCCUUCUCUUGGUCAGAGGAACGAUUCUUUUAUUAUAAAAGAAUCAAUGACUGUGCACUGUGGCUUUGUAAAAGGAUGUAGACCUGGCCAACAUACUGGAUUCAAUAUUGAUGAAGCUGACCUUGGGGAACUGGAGCAGUUCCAUGAUGUCAUUGUUGCAUCAGCCAUAUUUGGAAACUAUGACAUAAUACAUCAGCCUCAGAAUAUUAGUGAAUUCGCAAGGAAAAAUAUUCCCUUUUAUAUGUUUAUCGAUGAAGAGACAGAAACACACAUGAAGAAUUCUAGUGUCUUAGAUGGCAGCAAGAGGGUUGGAUUAUGGAGAGUGAUUGUUGUCUACAACACUCCUUACACUGAUUCAAGACGCAAUGGAAAAGUUCCAAAGCUUCUAUUACAUAGGCUCUUUCCCAAUGUACGUUAUUCAAUAUGGAUUGAUGGAAAGCUUCAGCUUGUCGUGGAUCCAUAUCAAGUUCUUGAGAGGUUCUUGUGGCGACAAAAUGCUUCUUUUGCGAUUUCAAGACAUUACAGGCGCUUUGACGUGUUUGUAGAAGCUGAAGCGAACAAAGCUGCAGGGAAGUAUUACAAUGCCUCCAUUGAUUACCAGAUUGAUUUUUAUAAAAAGGAAGGUUUAACACCAUAUUCCGAGACUAAGCUUCCUAUAACUAGUGAUGUUCCUGAAGGCUGUGUGAUUAUAAGGGAACACAUUCCUAUCACUAAUCUGUUCACCUGUCUAUGGUUCAAUGAAGUUGAUCGUUUUACUUCCAGGGAUCAAUUAAGCUUUUCCACUGUAAGGGAUAAAAUAAUGGCUAAAGUUAACUGGAGCAUCAAUAUGUUUAUGGAUUGUGAGAGGCGUAAUUUCGUGAUACAGGCAUACCACAGAGAUCUAUUGGAGCACAUGACUCCUCCACCAGGUGCCCUAGUUCAUCCUCAACCAGCUUCGCUUAUAGAUAAUAAGGCUAGAAGGAAUCCAGUGAAGAAGAAUCCCACUAAACGUGGUAAAGGAAAUAGGAGAUCUGGUUCGAGGCGUCAUCGUAAAGUCAUUGUGGGUAAAAGGGACAUCCCAAUUUGAGAAUAUUUUUUUUGCAAAUUUAUAAUUUUUUUUUUUUUUUUGGUUUAGUUUUUCGAAUUAUUCAUAGGCUAAUUUUGGCAGUUUAGCAGUCUGUUAGAAGAGAAAAAUUGGUUUUUAUUUUCAUUUUGGAAUUGCCAAGUCUAAUUGAAUAUUUUUUUUGUUUUGUAAAUAACACAAUUCCAAAUAAUUUUGAUACAAGUUAUUGUGAUUUUCCUUUUUUACAUAAUGUUGAACAGCUCAUCUAGUUGUCAUAGACAAUCUUUAUCAGUAAGAGCAGGUGGAGAAGAAAAUAUACA